UCUCUCCGCAUCUUUGCACUCGACCUCGAGGUUCCCCUAUCUUUCUCAGCCUCUCUGCUCCUUAGCGGUGUGGUUCUAUGCUAUGGUCGCUCAGUCUAUUGUCCCUAUCGAACCCAGCGUAUUCGAGGACGACGAUGAAGGCUGGCAGGACAUGCCGGUAGUCCGAGAGUCUGAUGAGUUCGCUAAUGGGCUUGACGAAGAAGACCAGAAGAAAUACCAUUACGUCCCUUCAGCAAAGAAAGUCUCGUCCACAGGUGCUAGUAAUGCCACGGGAAAUUUGCUGGAUAUCGAUUUCCGCGGGAACGAAUGGCGGUCAAAGGUGGAUCAGAACGAGAGUGAAUAUACCCGACUGCGGGUGAACGAGGAAGACGAAUCAGACGAGGUGCACCUACGGACGAGGUACCUUUUUGACGAAGAUAAAGCAAUGACACCGCUUAGUCAAAUGCAAACCACGAAGGAUCUCUUGACCGAGGCUCAGCGAAUAGCGUAUGUGGGUCUAUGCGCACUCACGGCUAAGGAAAUGGCGGACAAGAUGAGAGCUGUCAACCAGAAGGAGCUCAAGCAGGCCAUCAAGAGCCUGGAACUAUGGUCAUUGAAAAUCAUGGGUCGGUUGUAUUAUCAUAUGGAGCUUGCCACUGAAGAAGAUGAUCGAAAGUUUGGCUACCCACGGAAUUGAAGCCAAGGAUCUUGUACCACCGUUGAUGACGACGCAUACGGUGGCAAAUCCAGAGUACGAUCCUGUCGAGGCCCGCAAACAAGCUGAGCAGGAGGCCAAGAAGGAAGACCUUGAGGCCGCCGAUCGUCUUGCCCGCUUAGAAGAAGACUCAUUCGAUAUAUCUGAAGGCCCUGAUAGGGUCGUUUCCACUUCUCCCAGCUUGCCCAACACCUCGACUGACGGUGUCAAGCCCGUGCAAACUACAGCAAAGGUAUUUGAAGAUACGUCAGCCGCGGCGCUGCCUGGAGUCAGCACUCAUCUCUCUGCGGCCGAUGAGAAAGUCACCUUAGAUAUUCGAUGGACGGUUCUUUGCGAUCUCUUCCUCACUCUGAUCGCAGAUAGCGUCUAUGACGCACGGUCGAGGGUAUUGCUUGAAAACGUUGCAUUGAAGUUGGGCUUAGGCUGGCUUGAUGUAGUGAAGUUUGAGCGUCGUGUUACAGAGGCCCUUGAGAUUCAAGAGGAAGUUGAAAAGAUGGAGCAGAAAGAGGCUAUUGAAGAUGUGAGGAAAGCGUCCAAGAAGAAACGUUACAUGAUGUUGGGACUCGCAACAUUAGGCGGUGGUCUAGUCAUCGGUCUUUCGGCUGGUUUGCUAGCUCCUGUCAUCGGAGCGGGGCUGGGUGCUGCCUUCACAACUAUUGGUAUAACAGGGACGACUGGCUUCCUCGCUGGCGCUGGUGGUGCUGCCGUCAUUACUACGGGUGGUGUUCUCACUGGUUCCGGGAUUGCUGCGCGAGGCAUGGCACGUCGGACGCAGUUCGUUCGCACCUUCGAUAUCCUUCCAUUGCACAACAACAAGAGAGUAAAUUGUAUUCUGACAGUGUCCGGAUUCAUGAAUGGCCAACUUGAUGACGUCCGUCUGCCAUUCAGCGUUUUAGAUCCUGUUAUUGGCGACGUAUUCAGUGUCUUAUGGGAGCCAGAAAUGAUUCGAGAAACUGGAGGUGCCCUGAAGAUUCUCACAGGCGAAGUUCUCUCACAAAUCGGGCAGACGGUACUGCAAGCUACCGUCAUGACUGCUUUGAUGAGUGCAUUACAAUGGCCUAUCAUUCUUACCAAGCUCGGAUAUUUAAUUGACAACCCGUGGAACAAUGCAUUAGAUCGUGCCAAGGCAGCUGGUAGCGUGCUUGCUGAUAUACUCAUACAUCGUCAUCUUGGUGUUCGUCCCAUAACACUGAUAGGUUUUUCACUUGGUGCACGUGUGAUAUUCUAUGCUUUGCUCGAGCUCGCGAAGCAGAAGGCGUAUGGAACAGUGCAGGAUGUCUUUCUGCUCGGAACCACUGUAACAGCCCCCACCCGAACCUGGAUUGCUGCUCGCAGCGUCGUGUCGGGGCGAUUCGUGAAUGGUUACGCGAGAAAUGAUUGGGUACUGAACUAUCUCUUCCGUGCUACCAGCGGCGGCUUGAAUACCGUUGCUGGCCUUCGACCAGUUGAGAACGUGCCAGGGCUGGAGAAUGUCGACGUUACCGACAAGAUCUCCGGGCACAUGAGCUAUCGCACCUUCAUGCCCCUCAUCCUUGAUCAGCUCGGUUUUCCUGUCUCCGCCGACUACUUUGAUGAGCCUGAGGAACCGGAUUUCGAAGGCGACCGAAUUGUGGUCCGCGAAGGGGAGGAACUUCAGAAGAAGAGCUGGUUUUCUCGAAAGAAGAAACCAGCUCCAGCUCCCUCAACGCCAAAGAUAUCCCGCCCCCCUUCUUCCGCGACAUUUGGCCACCACCGGAAGACCUCUUCAAGCACGGCAGCCGACGACGACGAUCUCCCUCCUCGGGAAAUUCCCACAAUAUCCACUCCUCUCUCACCCGAACAGAUUCCGAUACCUGCUACGCCUGUGAUGGAUGAUGGUGACGUAGGGUCGCCGUCCAACAUUCCAUUGCGUGCUGGCUUUGACUUCUCAGCCAUUAAGGAGGUCCUUGGUAAGGCAGACCUGACUCCAGCAGAAUUACAGGUGCCUGCACCGAACAAGUUCAACGCUCCGUAUAUUCCUCCCCCCACUCACCGUUCAGAAUCCGCUCCGCCACCCGGUCCUGGAUUGCCUGUUGCCACACCCAGGGUUCAAUCUUCUUUCGAUCUGCCUAGUACCAAUGACCAUCUGGGGCCUGUCGCCAGCGCACACACUAAUACACAUGAUGACCUCACAUCCUCUUUGUCGCGUUCACUUUCACUCACUGAUUUACGGGACGAAACGGAGAACGACAUGACAUCACUAGGCAGCAAGACGCCUACAAGUUCUGCCUAUACUCAAACCGCACCCUCCGUAUGGCCUGAAGAAUUGACACCAUCAUAUGGCAGUGCAUCGUUUAGUAGUUUCCAUGAUCGAUCACCACCUUAUGGCACAGGCAUUUCUAUGCGUUCGGGGGAUGCUUUUCCCUUUGGUUCAGAGCAGGCUGCUCAAUCAUCCGACGGGCUAUAUAGCUCUCCGCUGUUGUCAGGAAAUCCAUUUGCACCCCCAGAUACAGCCGCCCUCUCUUUCGGUGGAGUAGAUGGCUCAAUAUCUUUGUCCCCCUCUCCCAAAGUGGAACGCGACCCUUGGGAUAUCGCACCACCGAUGUUUGGCAGCGGAAGCAAGAAGUCCGCCAGUACACUCAACCUAAACCCUUGGCAAAGUUGAUUAUAAUCAUCCACCCACAUCUGACCUUCACUUGUCCCAUCCACAUUCUCCACGCCACUCUUUCCUGCAUAUGAUCCGGAACCAUCUUAUAUUUUUGUCUUACACAAUGCAUCUACUUAGCAUCGAUCAGCAUAUGUUGCAACUUUUGGCAACUUCACUUUGUAUCCUAGACAGACCGUGCGAGGUCAUCGAUAAUAUCUCCCUUCUUUGGGUUUGGACCUUUCCUACUUCCGUAGAGUCAAUCACGAUUCAUCUAUCAAACCCAAUCAAGCGGCGUGCAAGAUGAGCUUUAUAGGCUGCAGUCAUGACUUCGAGCGCAACAGGAGGAGCUUAUAAUAGGGCUUCCAACAAUGCGCAUGAUUGUAAACCAUAGCGGGCAACUCAGGAGAGUUAGGUGAUAAUUCGGCGUUCGGGUCGUUAUCUGCAGACAUCUAUAGAACACCUUUGGAAUCAUGCCAGGACUGGCACGUGUUCUCACUGAGAUGCUGUGCAAAUGUCAUGCAGCCAUUACAGCAGGGCAUGAACCUUGUACGUGCUCAAUGCUCAUGGCAUUUGUUGACCGGACAAUAAGCAAGCUGUGGAGCG